AUGCCAAGAAAAAAUGUAAAUUGUGAUGAAUGCAGAAAAGAAAUUAGAGGUGAAGAAAUAGCCUAUUUUAGUGAUGCUGAAAAAGACUUAGAUUUUUGUUCAGAAGAAUCCAAAGAGUUUUUAGAGUUUGGUUUAACUUCCUCAGAUUACUUUUAUUAUCGUUGGUUAAAAAAUAGUAAACAACUAACUCCUCAGCAAGUUUUAGGUAAUGAGCAACAGUUAAGAGAAGAAUAUAAUAAAACUCACAGAGGUUGGUUAGAAAAAUAUUAUCCUAAUAAAGAAGAAUACAUUCCAAGUAUCUACCUAAACCAACAAUUAGAAGGAGUUUUGGAUUGUAGGAAGUAUAAAGGUUUAAAAAAGAUAUUCAUUUCUACCCAAGUAGAGAGAAGUAAAUUGAAGAUAAUAAAGGGUUCUUGUAAAUAUGGUAAUGAAACCUUUGAAACCAAAAUAAUCCCUUGUAUCUCAGCCCAAUAUUAUUUAAAUCAGAACUAUCCCAAAGAUGGGACUUGUGUAAGAAAAAAUGAGAUAUACAAACUUGAUAACUUUGGCAAAAAAAGAGAACAAAUAACUAAAUUAAAUAUAAGUGGAGAAGGCUCGGAAGGAGAUUUAGACCUCUCUGAUUUUACUGAUUUAGAGGAAUUAGAUUGCCAUGAUAAUUAUCUCACUAAUCUAAACUUAAAUAAUUUUAUAAAAAAUAACAACCUCAAUACCUCCGACCUCACUAUUUUUAGUCCGAUGAGGAAUUUAAAAAGAUUAGAGAUUGGUAAUCAUAAUAAAAACAAAAUCCGAGCAGGAAUAUACAACAGAAUAGAAGGUUCUUGUAAACCUUUAAAGGAUUUGAAUAGGUUAGAAAGAUUAAAUAUUAACAACACCGACACCAAUAGUGGUUGGGAAUAUUUGCCUGAUAGUUUAAAAUACUUUUAUUAUGACACUUGA